GCAGUAGCGGCGGCAGUAGCAGCAACACGAGUCGCUGGCCGACGAUCAGCGCGAAAAGUAGUUUCAAGGUGCGAGCCGCGUGACAGCCGCGUCGAGGUUGUGCCGAGGUUGCGUAGUGCCGAGGACGACGAGCACCACCACCGCAACGACGACGACGACGACGUCGAGGAGGUCGAGGACGACGAUGUCGCUUGACGAGGCGCCGUGCUCGCAAGGUGGAGUCUGCUGACGCACGGCUACCAGUGGGUAUCCCCUCGUGGGCCAACGGUGCGUUCCCACUGUGAGCCGUCCAUCGCGAGCGUGUUCGUUGGACCUCGCACGGCGAUCGGCCGGGCCUAUAGCGGUCGGUAGGAAAAUGGCGGCGCGCCUUCCGCGACGGAGACGACGUCGCUCGACGGCGACGAGGUGCGGAAUCUGAAGGAUCGUCGCUCUCGCGUGAGGCUCCAUCGCCGCCGGGACUCUCCACCCCGCUGCUCAGGGCGACAACCCCACGAGUGUGUGUGUGUAUGUGUGUGUUGUUCGAUCGGUCGGCGAGCGACGUGCGGCGUGCUUACCUGGAGCGACGUGCGCUCCGGGCGAUGUGAGAGGGAAAGAGGAGGAGAGAGAGAGAGAGAGAAAGAGCGUGUCGACGGCGCGCGUUUACUGCGUUCGUGCCGCCAGGAAAACAACGACGCACCCUGCGAGAGAGGUAGGCGGACUUGGUGCGUCGCGUGCGUGCGACGCGGUGGGAAACGGUGCUCUCGGAAGUGACGAGUGCUCUCACGCGAGCGCUCUUAUGCGAGUGAGAGCCGCGCGUCCGCGGCAUCGGCAGCUGCAGCGGCAGCGGGGACAGCAACACGGCGAGCACAGUGACAAGUGUCGUCUCGUCGGCGGGGUGAUCGUCACCGCCACCCCCGCGCUAGCCGGAUGAUGAUACCGCGCUCGGCGGCAGCGGUCGUCGUCGCCGCCGCCCGCGCGACCCGCUCGCGACGACGUUGAGCCGCGCCGGCGGCGGUGGCCGGCGGGCCUCGCACGGCAACGACUCCACGACGUGACCACGGCGGACCACCGGCUCUCGCGGAAGCUCGAAGAAGAUGAGGGGCGUCCGCGACGGCGGCGGCAUGGCGAGCCUGCUCGCCCUGGCGCUCUUCUGUUUCUUUCACGCGUCCAGUCCAGUGGAUGGACUGCUGAAGUGUUACUGCGACAUUUGCGCGGACGCCAAUUACACGUGCGAGACCGAUGGCUAUUGUUUCGCCAGCACGAGCCUGGAGAACGAUGUCGUCACGUAUGCUCGCAGGUGUUACAAUAAGACGCACUUCUUCCCGGACGACGUCUACUCCAUUUGGUGCACCUCGAACAAUACGCUACGCGAUCAAGAUGACAUCCCGGUGGUCGCCUGUUGCGAUCAUUCCGACUACUGCAAUCGCGAUCUAAGGCCCUCCUUUCUUCCUCACGAGCCCAGUGGUCGGCCGUACUCUCGCUUCGUGAACCACCUCGAAGGAGUGUCAUCGGGCGGUGGCGGCAAGUCGCAGAUCAACUGGGUAACCGCCGUGGCGAUAGCGGGCCCGAUAGUCGGCCUGAGCGUGAUCGUAAUGAUCAUCUAUCAUAUACGGCGCAGCAGAAGGAAGAAGCGGGACAGGCAUUACCCGGACGACUCGCAUGACGCGCCGGACCGGCCGAUCUUGGACGGCGUCACUAUCAGGGACAUGCUGGAGAUGACUACGAGCGGCAGCGGCUCGGUAGGCCUGCCGCUUCUGGUACAACGGAGCAUAGCGCGCCAAAUCCAGCUGGUGGAGACCAUCGGGAAGGGUCGCUUCGGCGAGGUUUGGCGCGGUCGUUGGCGCGGCGAGAACGUCGCCGUGAAGAUCUUCAGCUCACGGGAGGAAAGAUCCUGGUUCCGCGAGGCCGAGAUCUAUCAGACGGUGAUGCUGAGGCACGACAAUAUCUUAGGCUUCAUCGCUGCCGACAACAAAGAUAACGGCACGUGGACGCAGCUGUGGCUGAUAACGGAUUAUCACGAGAAGGGUUCGCUCUUCGAUUACCUCAACAGAUCGACCGUCGAUACGAACGGUAUGAUAAGGAUGGCCUUGUCGAUCGCCACCGGCUUGGCGCAUCUUCACAUGGAAAUAGUCGGCACGCAAGGCAAGCCGGCUAUUGCUCACCGGGACCUGAAGUCAAAAAAUAUUCUCGUGAAGACUAAUGGUACCUGCGCCAUAGGCGACCUCGGACUGGCCGUCAGGCACGACGUAAUCACAGAUACCGUCGACAUUCAGCUCAACAACAGAGUCGGCACGAAGAGAUACAUGGCGCCCGAGGUUCUUGAAGAGACGAUAAACAUGAACCACUUCGACUCGUUCAAGAGGGCGGACGUGUACGCGCUCGGCCUGAUCCUCUGGGAGAUCGCCAGGCGUUGCAACGUUGGCGGGAUUCACGACGACUAUCAGCUGCCCUUUUACGAUUUGGUGCCUUCCGAUCCGACUAUCGAGGAGAUGCGGAAAGUCGUGUGCACCGAUCGACAGCGGCCGUCGAUACCGAAUCGAUGGCAGUCGAUCGAAGCUUUGCAGGUGAUGUCGAAGGUGAUGAAGGAAUGUUGGUACCACAACGCGGCCGCCAGGCUGACCGCACUCAGGAUCAAGAAAUCGCUCGCUAAUUACGGCGCUAUGGAGGACCUGAAGUAGAUUAAGCUUUCGUCGGGCUCUUGGACGGAAAGAGCGACGGAGAUCGAUUGGUAACGUUGCAUGCGCCGGACGUGACUACGACUCGAAAUUCGACGCGUUGGGGCUCCCGGCGACGACGGCGCGGGGAGCGCGAGAGGAAGGUUGCUCCGAGGACUGUAUAUACCGAGAGAUAUUCCGAGAAGUCGCGAAGAGUCGGAGAAAGACUGGCUGAAGUUAUGGGGUUCCUUCAUGCGAGACAGGCCUCGACGCCCGAGCAGUCUCGAGCACUGCUCGAGCGGUUGGUAUCGUAACGCGGCAAGACGUGGGCAGAAAAGUAGAACGGACGACCGACGUAUUGCGGUGGGAAGAAACUUGGUCACUUCAGUAGUCCCGAUGUGCAACGCGGCUCGAUGAUCGGCCGCUCGAGCGAACGGGUCGGCAGGAAGUCGCGCGACACGCGUUCGGUUAAUCGAACGAUCGCUCGGUUGGCAUGUCACACACAUAUACACACACUUACACACGCAUGACACACACGUGCAAACGUAUACACACACAUACACUGACACUGCUGUAUAUUUAUUACGAUAUACAUAUAUUAAUGUUAAGAUAACGAAGUAUACAAAUUUAUUAUAUAGUGACGUUUAUUGAUUACUACUAAUGAGUAACGGUACAUUCGUAUAUUAAUAUAUAUAUACACACGCAUAAUUAUAUAUUAUAUAUAUUCGUUAUCGAAGACUAACCGAUUCGAUUAACCGAACCAAUGAUCGUGAUCUCCGGGCGAUUCCGCGAGCGAUGUUCACCCUCAGACGAGACGAUCGACGCGUGCGCGCGCCGAAUCGCCUGGGGUGAUCGGGACGUCGCGCGAGAUACGAACGUAUCAUCGGCACGGCUCAGCGAAUGGAUGCCUCGGUUGCGGAAAUGACAUGCGAGAAAGACCUCCGACGUCGGGAUGACACUUUUCUGCCUAAGUUCCGAGGAUUCGCCGUUAGAAAUGCGCCGUUUCACCGGCGUGCGUAAAGAGGGAAGGAGAAAGAAAGGGAGAAAGAGUGAGACCUGAGACACAUUGGGAGCAUAUACCAUACACUGUUUAUACAAAAGAGAAAUGCAUAUCUUUUGGUUUUCCCUCCUCUCGAGAAAGUGCCGAGUUCGUCGGUUCAAGCGAUUGUACAGGGUAGUUAGAGAGAGAGAGAGAGAGAGAGAGACCGGACAACGCUGACCGGCCUACCGAUGGACGAAAGCACAUAAAAAGAAUACAGAAACGGCGUCCAGUAAAUUCGAAUUAUACGUGUGUGAAGCGGCGUCUUUCUUGUCGAGCGAGUGAGAAACGUUCCUCGGGGAAUGCGACGGGAUCCUUCGGUCUUUUGGAGAGGCAGGAAAUCACGCGUUAUCACCGUGACCGCCGGCGAGAUCGGCGAGGAAGGAACGCUUCUCCUUCCUGCGCGCGACAAUUACCGCGAGACCUUUGGCGCAUCGUCCGGUUUUGUUUGUCGACCCUAUACGUAUACUCUUAGUAUGUAGUAGGACACAUCCGAAUAUUUUGCUCAAGGCGAAUAUUUUUGCGUAACAAGACAGAAAAUGAACGCGUAAUAGUAACGGCGGGACUUUCGAGACGUGUUUCCUUUGUAACGCAGGAGAGCUGAAAAUUGAAGGAUGCUGAGCUCAAGAGCGCGUGUGUCGUAGCGUGAAAGGAGCGUGUGAGAGCGUGUGAGGUGCGAAAGAGAGGAAGAGGGGGAGAGAGAGAGAGAGAGAGAGAAUGUAGAGAAAGCUAAAUUGCGACUGAUACGAGAAGGAAAGGAAGAAACGAGAAGACAAAUUCGAUGAAAAGAAAAUUAUUGGAGAAUCUAUAUUUUCGGGAAUUUUUUGCAUGGAAGAGAGAGAGAGAGAGAGAAAGAGAGAGGUACGAAGUACAGCGAACGUGAAAAUAUCGAUGAGCGGAUGCGGUCAGGCAAGAGAAGGAACCAAACGCGGUCUAAUCAGCAUAGUUUCGAACAUUUCUCAACGUGAUUGUGAUCGUUUAUGUGAUUUUACUUCUACUUCGUUUUUAAUCGUGCGAUUUCGUCGGCAAUGCGACUCUCAAACUUGUCGCGGAGGAAUUUUAUAUAGUUUUGUUUGUUUUACCUUUAUUAGAAAGUAUUUUCAUCACGACAAUGCGGAAAUGUUCUUCUCUAGUCAAUGAACGAGCAGCCGCGCUUGGUGUCUCUCCGGCGUGAUCGCAUCUAAGUAUUCCUCGGAUUAUUUCCACAUCGUAUCUCGUAUUAUCAACGUAACUGCGCUGCAUCUCGACGGCUUUUGGAAAGGGCUCUUCUAUCGAUUCGUUUGUCAUCCCGGUGUGACAUUUCGUGGGUUCGAGCAUUCCCAGACGGGAGGUCGAAGGUGAAUUUCGUUCGUACACGUCUGCGCGCUGUAUUUCAGUGGGUUGGAAAAAAAAGCAAUCGUAGUGCUCGAGAGAGAGAGAUAGGUACGUAAGUUUGGUAUACCGCGAGACUGAUGAGAAUGCGACGAGUAUGCGUAUGGGUGGUCUCUUUUGCGAAAAAGCACGGUGAUUAUAAUUAUCGGGCGGCGAACAGGAGGGAGCGUUCUCCGGGUGCGUUUAUCCGCGAGGGAUGGAGAACGCGAGCGUCUCCUCUUCGUCCGUGGUGUAACUGAUUAUAUCGGAUAAUAGAGUGUAUAGUGUAUACUUCCUGGACGAGGCGAGAGAAGGUGGAAUCUACGGAAAGGCGAGGUCGACUCGGAGCGAAAGAUAGCGAGCGUGAAGGAAGAAGUCGCGUGAGGCGGAAAAAAUUCAGGUGAAAAGGGAAAGAAAAAAAAAAA